UGUGUAAAUAAAGUUUGUUGAAACAGGAACAGGAAGUGCUUAGAAACAACGAGAGCGGUGCAAGUGGACGGAUUUACACAGACAGCAUUGCGCUCUGCCGCCGCCGCCGAGCUCGUAAUGGCAGAUCCGAUGGUGAAGAUAGAAGCAGACACGAUGGCGGUGGACCGCGAUGCUGAACACCAGCAGGCAUCGAGAGAGCAUCACCUGCGCCACGACCCGACUGAGCCAUCAUCCGACACCUGGGACCCCAAAGAAAUCAAAGUGGAGGACGAGGACAAGCAGGACUCGUUCAAAGAGGCUGCUCCUGGGGAGCAGGGGGAACACGGAGAGCACUCUUCUGACGGCCCCCAGGCCAAGAAACUGAAAGCAGAACCGGAGAAGAGGAGGGAGAAGCGACAAAAAGUGGAUGAGGAUGAGAUCCAGAAAAUGCAGAUUUUAGUGUCAUCCUUCUCGGAGGAGCAGCUCAAUCGAUACGAGAUGUACCGCAGAUCAGCCUUCCCUAAAGCAGCUAUCAAAAGGCUGAUCCAGUCAAUCACAGGCUCCUCUGUGUCUCAGAAUGUGGUCAUCGCCAUGUCUGGCAUUUCAAAGGUCUUUGCUGGGGAGGUGGUGGAGGAAGCCCUGGAUGUGUGUGAGAAGUGGGGGGAGACGCCUCCGCUGCAGCCCAAGCACAUGAGAGAGGCGGUGCGGAGGCUGAAGAACAGAGACCAGAUCCCCAACACCAAGCACAAACGCGUCCUGCUGCAGUGAGGCAGUGACACAGGGGCCAGGCCAGAGACAUGAGCAGAGUUCACACUGCCAAGAAAACCCUCGAGCUGGUCCUGUCUGCCUGCCACUCUGCAAGCUAGUUCAUUCAGAUCAAUGAGAGCGGUAAGACAACUGACUGAAAAUACAAGGCACAGAAGAGGAAAAGACAUCAGCGGAGGUCAAUGCAUGCAAUCUGUAACUCCUACAUGCCUUAUGCAGUUUCACUAAAUUUAAACGCGGGUUUCUCAACAUUGGCUUUGAUGCAUCCGAGCUCUGUUGUAUUCAGCAAGCAGCGGAAACACAAUUUCCAAUCAGAGACUGGAAUUACGUUAAGAAGACUUUGCUGUGUAACCUCGGGAGCCUUGCCUCGUAGGCAGUCACUUAACAUCUCGAGUGAAUGCACAGUUGAACGUGUGAAUAUCUGAAUCACGCGCAGUGAUUUUUUUCAAGUGGACACCCACACAUCCACAAUGCUGUUUUUCUAACUGAAGGAAUUAGCUGGAAGUUGGCGUUGAUAUAAAAUAUUACCUCUGUAAUGUGGAGUACAUCUCUUGAAGGCAGUUUUACUGUGCAGUAUUUCGAAUCUGCUAUAUAUAUAUUUAUUUUUUAGUGCGGUGAUCACAGUCUCUGGUUAAAAAUAAUAAACAGUGGGUGCUGCUGUAUGUCAGUGUGAAAAGGCACAAAGCCAAAAAGUCUGGUAUGAAAAUAAACAUGAGCAUACGGUCCUUUUAAAUACCCGUGGAGAGAUACAAGCGGACAUUGGCAGAGUCACUAGUGCCCGCGGUGCACAGUACCACCGAUUCGAACUUCAGUGCAUCUCCGAAUUUCCUGCACGUUAUUUUUAAAAACCUGUUUUGUUGUCAUUUGCUUUAUGCUAUAUUUAGGCUACUUGAUUUAGCCCCUUCAUUUAAUCCCUAUUAAGAUUAAGCUCAUUUAUAACGUUCAGUGAGUGUUUUACUACCUAAUUAAAUAGCAGAAGGAAAAGCUGAUAUUUCUUUUGUUUUAUGCAAUGUAGAAGUUGGGCAAUUGUAUCUCCAGUUAGAACGUCAAGUGAUGCUUUGUACUUUUUUCCUGUGUGUAUAUUAUUGGAAUAAAGCCAGUAUGUUGUGUUCAAUUAAAA